GGGAGCCUCUGGGAAGUCCUGCCUUGGCCCAGCUUUUCCAAAUUGUGUAACCGUCCUUGCACCACAGAUGCUGGAAGCACCCAACAGAAAUUAACCACAAAAAAAAGUGGGACAUCCCAACUCGCUAUUAAAUAGGGCAAGUCUGCUCCAUAAGGGCACAGCUGCUGUUGUCCCCAAGAUCUGAACAAAGGAGUGCCAUCUCUGCUGCUCUGCUCUCUGCACAGCCCAAGGAUCUGAAACCCAUGGCCAUGAGGACACUCAUUCUACUCAUUGCCCUUCUCCUGCUGGCCAUGCAGACCCAGGCAGAACCACUCCUCGGAAGAGCUGAGGAGGCUCUAGACCAGGAGCAGCUGGGAGACGAUGACCAGAACAUAGCCAUUUCCCUAGGAGGGGAGGAGAGCACUGCUUUCCUAGACGCAGAUGUGAGGUCAGAGGUGACCUGCUAUUGCAGAAGAGGAGGCUGUCGUUUUCCAGAACGACUUGUUGGCGCCUGCAGGUACCGUAACAUCGUCUACCGACUCUGCUGCCGCCGAUGAUUAAGAACAAGGCGAUUAGGUUUCUCACAGUAGUUGAAAACCUGAAGGAUCCUGUUUGUCCCAUGCUGUGUCCUUGAGUUCCUUCCUAUUUUUUUAUCUAAAUAAAGUCUUUGCAGCAA